CUGAAAGUAACUGAAUCUACAACAACUGAAGAGGGAAAGAGUUUUAGAGUUCCACAAUUUCAGGACGCCAUGACAACGAACCCGAAUGGAAAUAUCGUCUACACCGCGACAUACAUGGGAUUCGUGAUGUCAAAUUAAGGUUCCACGUGUGAGGCUGAGCUCAUAUUCUGUUGCAUUAUUCUUUGGACACGACGACGCUAUCUUACAGAUCGAUUAAUUCCAACAAUAGAGUGACGUCAUUAAGAAGUUUACGGAACGACGGGUUUCCUUCAAUGCUACCACAUCAAUAUUGAUAGCGGCCACGCCCACCAACAAGACAAUUAUGGAUUGAUUUGACGUGAUGCAGUAAAACGCUUAUACUUCUCUUAUUUGCAAGGAGAGUCUUAUUGCAAAUUCCUGUUCAAUAUAACAACUUCAACUGUAUAUCAGCGUUUGGACCGAAUGAAGGAAUUACUUAAACCCAGGAAUAUUCAAACAUUUAAAAUCUGUAAUUGACAACGCGAUCAAUGUCACGACGUCAGUUCUCCAAAUACCAAUCAGAGUUCGUUCUUAAAGGUGAAUAGUCGAACAUAAAUAACUAUUCUACAACAAUUAGUAAAUCCGUACCAUAAAUAUUUAACAUAUCAUAGCAAAGUUGUAAGAGUCGGCGUGACCAACACAUUCUAAAUUCAGGAGGUCCCAUAACACGAAAACGUCAGCAAUAUUUUGAUUAUAAAAAAGUACACCAAUACCAAAACCAUAACAGAUUCGCAGAAUUUAAGUCCGAAAACCCAAAAUGAACAGAUCAGCUAACGAUAUUGUAAAUAAUACAAUGAUAGAAGCAGACUCAAUUCAAAUAAACAGCCUCUUUCCAAUACUUUUUCAAACGAACGAUCCCUACGUCAUAACCCUACACAAAUACAUAAUGCCGAUUUUAGCAGGCUUUGUCUUCAUCUGCAAUUCUUUGACCAUUGCAGUUUUCUGGAAAAUUAAAUUGAGAAACCCCACCCACAUGUUACUGCUUAGUAUCUGUUUGUGUGAUAUGCUCGGUUCCUUUUCGUUCGGGGUUAUCGACGUCUAUGUGUUUUAUUUCGAAGACCACCGUGAUUAUCUCCCUUAUAGAAUAUGUGAACUCUAUACAUUCUUGUAUAAUUUUUUACCAGUGUUUUUUCAUUACUCUUCGACUUAUUUAACCGUUGGACUGGCUAUUGAACGGUAUAUAUGCGUCGUGUAUCCGUUUCGAGCUAAACUGAUAUGCUCUAAAAAGCAUACGUUGAUAUUCAUCCUAUUUUCUGUUCUUUGUUCAGGUGUGUAUCUUACAUUUCAAAUUUAUUCACAUACGUACUAUGCUAACGAAACUAGUUCGUUCUAUCUUACAAACGUAACAGUACAGGCUUGUAGUAUCGAAGUGUCAAACUUCACGUUAUGGUACCUACAUCCGAUUCUCUUUAUACUUCUCCCUCUAGUUAUUCUAAUUUGUAUCGAACCGGCCAUUCUUAAAACAUUAAAAAGGUCCAACUCCUUGAGGACCGCGUCAUCACUCUCUGUGCACAAAUCAUCCCGAAAUCUCUCGGUGAUCACCAUUUGGGUGGUCUUUAUUUUUAUCGUUUGCGAAGUGCCCAUCUUGUUUUACGUCAGCGCUACGUUUGUUUGCCUUGAAUUAGGGUUUUGUUCAUUCUUACUGACGUCAUCGUGGAUGAUUUACACACAUUACACGGUAACCAUUACUGCCUCUGGUCAACUGUUUAAUUUCAUCAUUUAUAUAACAUGCAAUAGACGCUUCAGACGAGCAUUCGGGGAAAUAUUGACAGGUCGCCGAUACCUACUGCAGAGACGUUUCACAGCGGAAAUUUUCUUUCGCGAGACACAACUGUUACGUUCAAGUCGCAGCACUUCUCUUCGAUAAUUUUGUGGUAGAAUAUAUGACUCAUGUGUCACCAGGCAAUACACUUUUAUAUGUUUGCAUUUAUUUAUUACUUAAAAAGCAGACGACAUACUUGAUUUAGUCUCGUUCAACCAGACGUUUGUUGUCUGCGCAAGCUACUCCGAACAGAGACAAGUGAUCAAGCGUCUGGUUGAACGAGACUAUACUUGAUUUGGUUUUUAGGCGCAAUAUCAACCGCAGAACGGAUCUAAAUCCGGAUAAUUUUUACGAGCUUUGACGUCAUGGGUUAUGAUGGUGAGGUCAAAAUC